GUGCCUUCUUUAAUGCAGAGAAGGAAGGACUGAUUCUCAUUGCCAAACAAACAAGGCUACCUUCAGCUUCACUAAGAGGGCAAACCACAUCGACCCCUCAUUAAUUCACACAACAAGGCUACCUUUAGUGCAUAUCUCGCUAACCUCUGCUCUGAUCUGAAUUCACACAAAUAUACUAGCAGUAGCAGAAGCUGAUUGAGUACGUCUCAGACAGUUGGAAUCAAGUUUCUGUUUCUGAAGCUUCUCUUAAUCUACCGCCAAGGCAGGCAUAUGGUGGUGACAAAACUUCAUCCGAUGGGUUAGAUUGAGAACACGCAAGUAAUUAUGCAUUCUUUGGUUAAAGAAAGAAUGCUGACAGAGCAAAACAUAUCUAUCCUCCUGCAUAUCUCUCUCAUCUGAAGUCACGGCACGUCAAAUUGUUCAAAUCGAGUCUCUGUUUCUCAAGCUGCUCCUCCUGUCUGCUGUCAAGGCAGUGGUUACAGAACUUCACCCGAUGGGUUAGAUUGGUUCAUCUGCUGCUGCUUUUCUUCUUGGUCUUGGUAAAGAACAUCAUGACUCCUCCCACAUGGUAUACUGGCGCCAAAGAUGUCGAUGAAGCCAGAGAGGCGAUAUUCAGAAUUCUUCAAAACAAGGGAGAAGCAAGGGUCAUCUAUUUUCAUGGCUGGAGUGGGCUUGGGGCAUCUACCGUUCUUAGAUCCAUAGCAGAAGUUAUCCCUUCUAAGAGAACCACUCCGGAACUAUGCUUUGAUAAAAUAAUUCAUAUAGAUUGCUCGGAGUGGAAAGGUAGGAGGACGUUGCAGAGGGCAAUUGCAGAGGAGCUACAGCUUGACAGCUCGAUAAUGGCUAUACUGGAUAAACAGGACAUAGAUGAUGAUUUUAAUGGAGUUAAUGAAAUUUCAAGGGAUGAGAUAAUAACAGUGUCAAGAGAGAUCUAUCACAAUCUGAAGGACAAUAGGUUUAUGCUGAUUUUCCAUUCCCGGGGUGAUGAUGAGAUUGAUUUUUUCCCUCUUGGUGUUCCUUCAUUUGGUAAGUUCACAGAGAACAUAAUGAUAUGGACCUACAGAAGGAGGAUAUUGACCAUAACAGAACAUGAAGAACAUAAAGUAAUACAAAAACUGAGGUACACCCAUCUUUUGGCUUAUGAUAGAGAAAAGUAUUUAACAAGUGGAGAGUUGUAUGCACUACUCUGUAAAGAGACUGCCCUCAUAGUUGAUGACUAUCCAUGCAUGCGGGGACUCAAUCCAAUGAUGGUUGCUGACUGUUAUGUUUACACACUAUUCCUGCAACGUAGUUUUCACAACAAGACCAGUUCCGAUUGGGUUGGUGUUGCUUCCAAUUGUUGGAUAUGUGAUGGGAUACUGCAGAAAGACAUAACAUUAGAGAUAUGUGACACGUUGCACCGAGAUAUAAGCUGGGAGUGUGAUGAUAAUGUGCUCACAAAGUUCAAGAAAGAUUCCAAGCUUCCUUUCCUGGUUGUUAAAGAAGAUGGUGUAUAUGAAGAAGGACAAUACCGUUGGAUUUCAACCAGGUCAAGGGAUAGGGAAAUACAUGGUAUGAAAUGUUUACCUGAAGAGACAUCUUCAUUCUUCUUGGAAUUUGUAAUGUCCGAUCGGCCAGUAGCAUUACCAGAUGGUUUGUUUGAACAUUCCAACAACCUUGGUGUGCUAUUCCUCUGCUGUUGUGCCUUCAAUUUUGCAUCACCUCCUUUCUUGAAAUGCCAUAGCCUAAGAUUCCUUGGGCUGGACAACUGCACAGAUGGAAAAACAGGUGAAGGAAAGGAACAUACUGGGUGGGUUUGUCUGCAUAGCUUGUGGGUGUUGGAUCUACGUUACACUGACUGGAAUGAAAUCUUAUCACCGGCAAAGAUGCAUCUCAUGGAUAACCUCAUGGAGUUAAGCAUAGAGGGAGUCUGGUCUUGGAAAUACACAGCUUGCUUACAAGGCCAGUUACCAAAUCUUCAAAGGCUCAGGGUAAUCAAGCCAAAACGUGGACCAGAUAUUUCAAUAGAUCCAAGAAACUCCUUCAUGGACAAGACAAAGUUGGAAAUACUUGACUUAUCUGGCAACACUGAGAUGAAAAUUCUGCCAAACAGCCUAUCAACGGCAAGUAGUCUUCAAGUGCUUAUUCUGGAUGGUUGCAAUGCGCUUCAGAAUAUUGUUGUGCCUGAUGAGCUACCUGAACUGCUGAAGUCCUUCAGCUUUGAUGGAUACGGGCCAGGUUCUCAUCGGACAUCAACUUUCAAGCUACCUCUGAAACAAGAGCGCCCGUUAACCCCAGCAACCGAGGAGGGUGCCAGUAUCUCUAAUAUUUCCCUCAAAGGUUGCUCACAGUUGGGAAAUCUGUUCCUGCGUGGGUUGCCCAACCUCGUCGAGCUUGACCUAUCUGGAACUGCAAUCAAGACUCUUGAUUUUAGAACUAUGGUGUUAGAAGUCCCAAUGCUGAAGCGGCUAUUUCUGCUUGGAUGUGAGCACCUUUGUGCAAUAAUUUGGGGCAACAAUACUAAUAACUUCCGUUUGAAUUUAUUAUGCAUAGACACACGAGCUGGAACUAGCCAUCCUCAGCCAUGCAUUGACCAAAACAAAUCCUAUCAGUUGGAGGCGCAUGUCAUUCUGGUGGAUGCGAGGCUUGCUCGGUCGUUGGGGCGACUAUUACAUAAUCAUUAUGCAGCUGAGAAUCUUUAUCUUAAUAUCCAUGUCACCUCCGCUGUGUAUAGUGAGCUGAAUCAAUCCAAAGUGACUGAAAAGGAGAAGAAUAUUGACAUGUAUGGAGAUCAAGUCAGCCUGCUGGAGCUUGUUCAAGCAGACCGGUACAGUGAUGUCCAAAGCAUGGUUGGUGAUGCCCCUGCUGCAGCCUUUCCUAAGCCUCCGGCUAACAACCUGGAUAGGCAUAUCGAGAUUACAGAAGGGAGGCACGUCUUGGACAGUGGACUGGGAGUUGUAAUGAGAGAGUUUGCCGAAUCCCUGCAUGUCCAUGAUGUCUCAACUAGUGGUAGUUUGCCUAGGGGAUACAGCUGGCAGGUUCUCAGGCAGUGCCGCAUGGAGAGGUGCCCCAAGUUGGGUGAAGUCUUCUCGAGGGGAUCAGAUGAAUUUAAGGAGCUGGAGACCUUCUGGGCGUCUGAUCUCCUAAUGGCCUGCUGGAUAUGCAGUAAAGGUUACCGCAUGAUCAAUGAUGGUUCAUUCAGAAAGCUGCAGCAUCUACGGUUGCGCUCUUGCCCCAGGCUCCAGUUCGUGCUCCCUGUGUGGGUCGACUCCUUCCCAAGUUUGGAGACCCUCCACAUCAUCCACUGCGGAGACCUGAGGCAUGUAUUCGUGCUAAACGACAAAUGGUACCCAGAAGGAAUAUCCAUCCAAGUUGUAGCAUUCCCGAAGUUGACCACCAUCCACCUGCACGACCUGCCAGUGCUGCAGCAGAUCUGCGAGGUCAAGAUGGUGGCACCGAACCUCAAGACCAUCAAGAUCAGAGGGUGUUGGGGCCUGCGCCGGCUGCCGGUGGUGGGGGGCCGUAGCAGAGACAUGAAGAAGCCGACCGUAGAGAUCGAGAAAGAUGUCUGGGAUGCUCUGGAGUGGGACGACGAGGUGGCCCCUGGCCACUUCGAGGCGCCGCUGCACUCACGCUACUACAAGAAGAAACUGCCCAGGGUCUCUGUCCUCAGAUGAUCCGUACGCUACACUUCACUGAUGUGGUCGGUUCAUCGAUGGUUACAUGGGAGAUCAGAUGGACGAGCUAGCUCCUGCAGGUCCUGCUAUCUGCUGCAUGUGUUUGGUUUGUUGUGUGCUUCCUUUGCUAGCUUGCCUGGGUUGCGAGCUAGUUGCUUGAUCAUCGACCGAUGGCCUCUCGCUGCAAACGUGUGGUGGCUCUCACCUUUAAUUUGUGGCUUUUAAAUAAGAAGCAGGCCAGAUUGUUCUUGCCUGCUUGCACCUAUAUGUGUGCAGAAGUUUGGCUUGGGAUUGAGGGUGCCUCUUAGUUGUGUGUUCUUGCAUGCAUCUACAAGGCCGUGUGGUGUGGUUUGAGAGUAUGCCUGCCUGCUUGUGUGAGUGUGACUGUUAUGCUUGUGUGGUGUGGCUUUCAGUUUUUUGAAGUGCAUUGAUGAAUUGUAAUAUUCUCAGUGUUUGUAAUUUGUAUCAUCAUGGAACCUUUUGACAACAAUUAAACAUGCUAUGUACAUAUGUCGUUAAGUUAUCUGA